UGUAGCUAGCAAGCUAAUUCCCUGGACGCUUUAAUUCAAACCUGCACCGAUGUCCCUCGUCAGCCUGCCUUUUCCUCUAUCUCAAACAAGGUGACACCGGGGAGCGCGCACGUACAAAGAAACCCGUUGCUGCUCCAAUAGAAAAUGAAGCUUUUAGGAGCGGGGAUGAGCGCGUAAAACGCACAUAAAUCUGACAUGCACGUACGUUUGGUGACUGAUCCCCUAUCAGUCAGUACAUCAGUUUAAAACUUACGAAAGAAUAGAAUAUAUUCGAAUAGAAUAUAUCAACGCCAACUAGGAAUGUUUACUCACAAUUUAUUCAUAUUUACACUUAGUCACCUGGCACACGCUCUUAUGCAGUAUGCCACUGUAUAGAAACGCACGUAAUACAAUCAACAUUUUAUAUUCUGGCGAUAUUCUUAAAAUGGUAAUUUUACUCAGUAGCUUUAAAAUUUAGCCUAUUAUGCAAUGGAGUCGCCUGUCUUAAUUGACAAUUCCCCGAUAAACUUGGUCCAAUUGUUUUACGCACUCUUCUGACAUGCCUCUCUCGGAUAAACCAGAGCCAUGUAGACAGGCUCCGGGAUAAACCAAUCAGCGCAAAGUAGGGCGGGGCGUAGGUUCUGCCACUAACUGCGAACGUAAACACGGAAGAAGGCAUCGAUGGGCAGCUGAAGGACAAGCGAACUGACGAAGGGAUGACAGCGGUUGGUCCUCGUAUCUUCCUCAAUUGGCUGGUUUGAUCAAGGGGAGGAAAAUAAACCGUGAGGGCUAAACCGAGCAUAGAACGAUGGCGCAGUUGUAGCCAUCAGUUCUAGGAUCGAGCACCAAGUCCUCCCUCAGUAAGCAAUGGGUCUAGGUACGCUGAGCAGCAGCUAAUGAGGCAGCAGGUCCAGACGGGUCCAGAGGGGCCCCAGGAGACGGGCAAAGCGAGGCGGAGGGACAGGGACAGUACUGGCGCUUCCACAGCCCUCCUCGGACACCCCAGGCACCAGGACAGUCUGCCUGUGUUCCUGUUCCCUGCGGAGCUGGUCUUCUUUGCCCAGCAGCGGAGCUCCCACAGAAGGGUGCUGACCUUGUACAACCCCUACAGCUUCCUCCUCAGGUUCAAGAUGCUGUGCACGGCCCCCUCUCUCUACACCGUGGUGGAAGCCGAGGGCAGUGUCAGAGCCAGAUCCUGUGUGGACAUCGUGGUCCGGCACCAGGAUGUUAGCUCCCGCAACUGGGGGCGCAGGGACCGCUUCCGGCUAGAGGUGUCCGGGGGGGGUCAGGGGGGCAGCCGGGAGAUCUGGGCCGAACUGAAGGGCGGUGAAGGUGGGGAGACCCCCCAGGGACAAGCCCCUCCACCCAGGAGCCUGUCGGCCAUGCUGCCCCAGGGCGGGCUGAGCCCCACUCGAGCUCGAGACCCCUCCCUCUUCGCCCUAUACGUCAUCAUCGGGCUGGUGUGCAUCACCUUCCUCAUGCUCCCCUUGCACAACGAGCCGAGCACUUUGGUUCCCACUCACCUGCACGUCACUGUCAUGCAGAAGCUGGUCUGUGCCUACAUACUCGGUCUGCUCACCAUGGUGUUUCUCCGGUGAUGGUGGGAGAAGGCGGUGGGAGACGGGCGCGGAAUCUCACUUCGAAACUGACAGAGACAGAUGCUUAGGAGAAGCCUCCAUCCCCGCGUGGAGCUCCCACCUCCUUGUGUGACUGUGGGAGAAAUAGGGAGAGGAGGGACCAACUGGAGAAGGGAGAGAAAAGGUGUGGAGUCUGGAAGAGGAGUGUGUCUGGGAGCCCACUGAUUGGACACUACUUGAAGGAGAGGGGGGAGGGGUGGGGUCUGACAGUCCAUAUAUGGCCAGUUUAACGCGUCCGAUCGGGCCAACCGUCAGUUUGAACCAAACCCGAAAAUGGAUGGGACCACUUAAGCGACUAGGACUGCAAGGAAGAGACCCUCAUUCAACUCCUACGCACACCUCAGGCUUCAGGACCUGGCUAGUGUGUAUGACACACUGUGACAACAUUGGCACAACGUUACAGAAAUGUUGCAGCAAUGUUAUGUGGCCAGUUUAUCAGAGGCUGUGAGGCUUGACCACCUUGCGGUAGACCAUGAACUUGGUCAAUGUUUGGAAUCAUGACCGGGACCCCAAAAAAAUGCAUUCACCCUUGACCCAGCUAUAUUGCCAACCCCUACCCCGACCCUCAUGCAGAUCAUUCAGUCAUUUUAACCCAAGUGCUCUUGCUGCUAACGAGCUGAAUUGUUGCUAUUAUAACGCAGAGCUUUACAUCAUUGUAUUUGCUUUAUUUGCAUAAACAAAUUAUUGCCUGCAGUUUGUUGAACCUCACAUGGACCAAAAACUUCUCUUCCGCAUGUAAGCUGCAAAUGCAUGUACAUGCAAUGUGUGUAAAUACAUAUGUGACUGAUUGCUGCUCUAUU